AUAAAACCUGGCAGAGGCAGAGACAGGACAGAGCUUUGGCUGAGCCUGUGCCAGAGAGGGGAGAAAAAAAUUCCAAGUGGAAACAAAUCCAGUGGAGAAGCAGCCAGUGGAGGAAAAACAACCUGAAAACAGCACCAGUGACACCAAGGAAAACACCAAAGAGAUUUCAUGAUGUUUUGCAGUGGAGGGUCAUGGUGAUAUUUGCUCAUAAUAAUCCAUCUGGGGAUAUCUGGGUGAGAAACAGGAUGGCUCCUGCUUUUAUCUUCAUUUAAGGCCAGGAGGGGAGGACACUGCAGGCAUAAUGGCUUUCUUCCUCAAACCACGGCCAUGCACAUGGGACCUUGCCCUGGACUACCACACUGCCAAACAGUUUGAAGUGGAUGUGACCCUGGAUCCAGCCACAGUGGGUCCUGAGGUGAUCCUCUCCGAGGACCUCAAAGAGGCAACUUGGGGCAGGCCUCAGCGCCAGUGGCCAGAGGGUCCCGGCCGGUUUGACACAGAUCCGUGCAUGCUGGGCAGCGAGGGCUUCACCUCGGGCCGCCACUACUGGGAGGUAGAGGCCAAUGGGCGCUUCUGGGCUGUGGGGGUGGCCCGUGAGUCGGUUCAGAGGAAAGGCCGGGUCCUCUUCAAGCCCAGCGCUGAGAUUUGGGGCUUGCAGAAGUACGAUGAGCUCUGUGUUGCCCUCACAGCCCCAUCCAAUACCUCCAUCCCGCUCCUCAAUGGGGAGAUUGGAGUCUACCUGGACUACGAGGUGGGACAGGUCUCCUUCUAUGCCGUUGGCAGCCGCCAGUGCAUCUUCACCUUCCCUGUGGCUUCCUUCAGUGGGGAGAAGGUUUUCCCCUACUUCUGUGUCCUCCUCUCAACCAUCAAACUGUCCCCCAAGGGCUGAUGCACUGACGGAAUCCUUCCAAAGCUGGUUGCACCAUGGUGGUUGAAAUGCUCCUUGAUGCUCUUCAAGUCUUCUAUUCCAGGUCUUGGAGUCAUUUCCACCUCAACUCAUGGUCCUACCUUCAUCUUAGAUGUCUUUAUUUUGGGUUAUGUCCAGGGAUUUUGAGUCUGAGCGCAGCACAGUUGGUCUCAUCUCAAAGCCACUGUCAUUAAAUUCAUCCAAAGCUUCCUAACAUGAGCUGGGAUUCACUGAACUGUUUUUGACCUGAAAACUUGAUUUUUCCUCCCAGAUAGCCUUCUCUGAUAAUUCCUUUACUGACCUCAAUGUCCAUCACUGGCUAGGCUUCCAAUGUAGAUUAAAAAUCAUAAUUUUUGCAGGCUUUGCAUUAAUGCCAGCUGUUGCCUCAUUUUAAAACUGAUUUUGUCAUCACAAGGAUGUGCUUGCACUUACUUCCCCCACUUCCAUGCUCAGGUAUUUCCAAGUAAUUAACAUGCAAUUGAUAUAAAUGUGCUCUGAAUAUAAUAAAUUUUUUUUCUAA